AGUGAGCGCGGUGUCUCGCUCGCUGACAUCACCGGAGGUCGAGAUUAUCGCCUGUACCCAUACCGGCCUUGCUCCGCCGCGCGCGCAGAACAACACAAGUGACAUCAUUCCUCUUGUUCAAUAAACCACAUUUGUCACUUUUUUAAUACCAAACAUGACAUUUAAAAACACGAAUCAGUAGCUCCACUAAUCCCUCGCCGAACGGACCGGUUGAAGAAAUCGAUCUUUUUUAAAUUGCGUUUAAGAAAUUAAGUUUCAUUCGAAUGGUUUGCAUAACUCGACACGGUGUUUUGAUUAUCUGAGCAUUUUUUGAGAAGCCAGGUGUACGAACAAAAACUUUGGUGGUUGUGACACAUCGGUACGGUUUAUAGGAGGCAGUGGUGAGCGUGGGUGAGACAUUGACCGUGAACAAGGCAAACCGCCACCAGAAUCUCGAAAGCCCCGUGCCCCAGCGUUCACUUUUGGACAUAAACUCGAAUUACCUGGUACUCUGAAGGCUGGCCCAGGACCCGCCUCCUACAAUACAGAAGGAAUGACAUCUAAAGCACCAAACUCAUAUUCUAUGCCACCGGUCCUUGGAGAAGCAAAAGAAGGCAGCAAGCGCGCCGCACCAGCGUUCAGCAUAACUGGAAGAGGGAAGACCAUAGAGUCGAAGACACCUAUGCCUGGUCCCGGGACAUACACCCCGGAAAAAGGCGCGCAGGCACUAACUAAGAAACCUCCAGCAUAUACCAUGGCCCCGAGAAGGGACCCAAGGCAUCCGUCCGAGGGUGUACCUGGACCCGGAGUGUACUGCCCUGAAAAGAGCGAAACGGUGAUCCGAGAAAAGGGACCUCGAUACACUUUUACGACGAAGAGUAGGUCUCUUAAAACUGAACAAGUUCCUGCACCUAAUGCGUACUGUCCUGAAAAGGCGGAUAGAAUUUUAAGAUCGAAGUCGCCAGCAUUUAGUUUCAGAACGAAGUCUGAAAUUAUAAAAACAAGCGAUGCACCAGCCCCAAAUAUGUAUUCUCCUGAAAAGGCUAUCAAUUCCCUCAAAAGUGGACCCAAAUAUACACUUGCUGGAAAAGGAAUUGGUGAGAAACAUGAUGUAACGCCAGCUCCAAAUGCAUACUGUCCUGAAAAAGCUGACAAAGUUUUACAUGAGAGUUCACCAGCUUACACAAUACGUUCGAAAGAAGUAGUUGAAAAGAUUGAGCAGACUCCUGCUCCCAAUAUAUAUGCCCCAGAAAAGUCUAUGAAUAUGCUAAAUGGCGGACCAAAGUACACAAUAUCUGGGAAAACUGUAUGUACAAAGGUAUCUGAGACACCAGCUCCAAACAGUUACGAUCCACAGAAAGCAGAUAAAGUAUUGCACGAAAGUUCUCCAUCAUACACUUUCAGAAUUAAGGAGCAAGCUGUUAUAAGGAGUGAAUCUCCGGCACCCAACGUAUAUGCCCCUGAAAAAUCAAUGCAUAUGUUGGAUGGUGCGCCCAAGUUUACCAUUAGUGGUAAAGGGCAUUCCGAUAAAGUUCAGGAAACACCUGCUCCAAAUGCUUAUUGCCCGGACAAAGCAGAUAACUUUUUACAUGAAUCUUCGCCAUCGUAUACGUUUAGAAUUAAAGAUCAAUCUCAUAGAGCAGAUAUCACACCCGGUCCUAAUGUAUACGCCCCAGAAAAAUCUAUGCAUAUGUUGGAUGGAGCUCCAAAAUAUACUAUUGCAGGCAAAGGACCCACUGCUAAAAUAGAUAAUAUUCCAGGUCCGAAUGUGUAUUGUCCGGAUAAAGCUGAUAAACUUCUACAUGAAUCUUCACCUGCUUAUACUUUCAGACCUAAACCACAAUUGGGAAAACCUAAUGAUACUCCAGGUCCGAAUGUUUACGAUCCACAUUUACUUGAUGGCACCCCUAAAUACAGCAUGUAUGGAAAAGGUCCUGAUGCAAAACCAUCUGAUACUCCAGGGCCAAAUGCCUACAAUCCUCAUUUACUAGACGGUACGCCUAAAUACAGUCUAUACGGCAAAGGGCCCGAUGGAAAACCCUCGGACACUCCGGGGCCAAAUGCCUACAAUCCUCAUUUACUAGACGGUACGCCUAAAUACAGUCUAUAUGGCAAAGGACCCGAUGGAAAACCCUCGGACACUCCAGGCCCAAAUGCUUACGACCCACAUCUGACAGAUGGUACUCCUAAGUUCACUAUAGCAGGCAGAGGCCUCGAUGGAAAACUGCCAGAUACACCGGGUCCUAACUAUUAUGAUCCCCACUUACCUAGUAAUGCACCAAGAUAUACGAUAUCCGGUAAAGGUCCUGAUGGAAAACCUUCUACUUUCCCUGGACCGAAUGCCUAUGAUCCUCAUUUGCCUAGCAAUUCGCCAAAAUAUACUAUUUCCGGAAAAGGCACUGAUGGGAAGGUAUCCGAUGUUCCUGCUCCCAAUACCUACGAUCCUCGACUGCCAGAUGGUGCACCUAAAUAUACCAUCUCAGGAAAGGGACCAUCAGGAAAGCCAUCUGACAUACCAGGGCCAAAUGUUUAUGAUCCUCUUUUGCCACAUAAUACACCCCGUUAUACAAUGUCUGGCAAAGGUCCAGAUUCGAAGAUAUCAGAUGUUCCCGCACCGAAUGCUUAUGAUCCUAGUAAAUACGAUUACAUGUUGAAUGGUGUUCCUAAGUACAGUUUUGGUAUUAAAGGCCCCGCAGAAAAACCCUCAAAUAAUCCAGCUCCAAAUGCGUAUUCUCCUGAUAAAGCAGAUAAAAUUCUUCACGAAAGUUCUCCGUGUUACACCUUUAGACCAAAAAUUGAAGAUGGAAAAGUAAAUAACACUCCCGGUCCCAAUUAUUACAACCCUGACAAAGCUGAUAAAGUUUUGCAUGAAACUUCACCUGCUUAUACAUUUAGACCUAAAAUCGAUCAUGGAAAGAUUCCCGAUACACCUGGUCCUACAGCUUAUGACCCACAAAAAGCUGAUAAAGUUAUAUUAGAGAAAUCUCCAGCUUUCUCACUGGCACCGAAAGGUAAAGAUGGGAAAUUGAGUGAUACUCCUGCACCAAAUGUUUAUAACCCAGAAAAGGCUGACAAGGUUUUGUUGGACAAUGCUCCGCGGUAUUCAUUCAGAAUUAAGACAAAUCCUCACAAGCCUGAUAACGUUCCUGCACCGAAUAGUUAUAAUCCUGAUAAAGCCGAUAAAGUACUCAUGCACAGCGCUCCUCAAUAUACAUUCAGGAUUAAGACUGAUACAUUGAAGGUCCUUGAUAGUCCUGCUCCUAACCAAUACACUCUGCCGACGCCUGUAAAAACUCCUUUAUACACAAUCUCUGGCAGACACAAGGAACCGAUUGACGAGCGUCUGAAGGUUCCUGCUCCUGGCACAUAUAGCCCAGAAAAAGGAUCCAAAUUCGUGUUGACUUAUUCUCCAGAAUAUUCCUUUGGAAUCAAGGUUCAUACUCCAAAAUACGUUGAAUCACCUGCCCCGAACUCAUACCGCAUUCCUUCAGUGUUGGACACUCCCGUGUACACGAUGUCAGGCCGCCACAAGGUGCCGGUCGACGAUCGCGUGCGCGUGCCCGCGCCUGGCACCUAUUCACCGGAAAAGGUGCAGUUAAACAGGACACCGCAAAUCACAUUUGGAAUUAAACACUCUCCGUUAUUGGGCCAGUUGAAACCAAUUGAGCCAUUCCGUUCCACUGAAAAACAGAUAACGCAGAGUACGACUACUAAAGAGGUCACCCAGACAAGUCAAGGCAGAGUUCAGUUACAAAGGCAAGACACAGAAGUGAUCAGACAAAAUGGCGACAUUACCGAAAAUGUAUCGAACAACGUCACUCAAAGAUUAGUGAAUGAAUCUAACGCAUCAAACACACAAACUCAGAACAUUCGUACUCACGUUACUCAAGUAAGAGGAGAAAGUGAAGUAAGAAGCUCGACCGCUACUCCUGAACCAGUUCAAAUUCAAGAGACACUCACCCAAGAAUUAGUUUGGAUACCAGAGAAGCCCAUCCGACGUGGGUCGUAUACAAUUGAUACGACAGAUGGAUUCACAGAACAAUUCCAGAACAGCGAAAUAAUACCAGUGGAAAAUGGAGUGAUUCGCACUGCUGCAAGCGGUGAACGUGGAGCUUCGUGCACUGAAGAGGGUAGUCGCCAAGUGAUUCGAAGAGAAGGAUUUGAACAAAGUGUGCAAAAGAAUAAGAAAACAGCCAGUGCCCAUGAAAAAACCCAGGCAGCAACAGAGGAGGUCCGUACUGGAACAGAGGUACAGCAACUUCCUAACGGCGGUAUUUCCAAGACUACAACUACUACUACUGUCAGGAAAGUUGGCACGGCGGCCAGGACUGCCAACUCCACCACCACGGUCACACGCACCGCCACAGCUGUGACGUCACGCGAUGUCGGUGCUAAGUAAUAUUCACCCAAUACAUCAUAGUGCCUUAGAAAGCUUUACAUUGACUAUAUUAAUACUAUUCCAUCGCUCCGAUGGCUUUAAUUUAACAACGAGCAGUCGCGUUUUACGAUUAGAUAAUAAUCUCGUAACUUUAGUGAGCUUCCUUUUACUUCGAGACAAUAUUUAUUUCUACUGAACUCAUGAUUCGUUUUUCUAUUAUGUACAUAGAAAAAUGCGAUCUCUCUUGCAAUCUAUUGUUGCAUGUUAUUUAUUAUACUUACUUAUUAAUUUUACUUUUCGGCGGCGGCGCAGCCGACUAGUUAUCAGUAAGGAAAAAUGACAUUUAUUAAUAGUUAAACUUUACUAAUGUUGUUAAACAAUGCAGAUAUUAAUAAUAAACUUUAUUUUUUCUCA